AUGGGCGCUCCACUAGGUACCAUCAUCUAUGCUUCGGUGAAACCCAUCUUUAAGAUUUACUUUAUUAUAGCGCUAGGGUUUUAUCUAGCCAGGAGGAAUAUUCUAUCGGUUACAACGUGUCGAGACAUUUCAGAUGCUAUUGUCACGGCCAUCAUGCCGUGUUUGAUUUUUGAUAACGUGGUGACGAACCUUAAGAGCUCAGAUAUUAAGAACAUUGGUGUGAUUUUCUUUGAAGGUACUAUUUUGUUUUCGAUUGGUGCUUUGCUUUCGCUAGCGACGUUUUACAUUUGCAAGUCGCCAAAAACGUGGUUUGGCGGGUUGAUCUCGGUUGGUUUGUUUCCUAACAUUUCUGACCUUCCCAUUGCAUACUUGCAGACUCUCUCCAAGACAGGGUCUCUUUUUUCGAAAGAAGAAGGUGAUAAGGGCGUGGCCUACGUGUGUAUCUUUUUGGCGUCCCAGGUUUUCUACCAGUACUCCCUUGGCUUGUUUAGGCUUGUGCGGUAUGACUUUAGGGACGAACUAGAUGGACGCCAGGACCAGGAACAGGAAAUAGACGGUGGUCCGUUGCAUUCGGUCUCGUCUUCGCCGCAAGUAACCAAAGAAGCUCACUCUGGAAGCGUAGCUUCAGAUGAAGAGUCGUACACUGCUGACUCACCUACGCGGCCUCCCACAGCAAGAGAACCACUGGAGUUCCGCCAGCAUGACGAUUUUUUAAUGCAGCGCAACUCCCAUGAACUUGAUUCUAUUGCUUCGUCGGUGAGACAGAGAAGAGGUACGAAUACUUCAGGCGCCACGAACUACUACUCUUUGCAUCAGACACAUUCAAGAUCUGCUGACUUGAGAAGAGCCAAGUCACAGGAUGUUGAAGACGUGAUCCAGGAAUACUCGGAAUUUGAUAGACUUAAAUCCAACGAAGCUCGGAGCAUGCAUUCAGGUACCAGCGAUGUUGGUAUCAGCGUGGCUCCUCUAGAAAGAAAUGAAAAGGUACAGGAAGAAAAGGAGGAAACAGAAUCGAGAAGAAGACGGUGCUGGAAAGGCUUCCUCAACACAGUUGUUAAUUUCAAGACGCCCAACUCGGUGUCUUUGAUUGUGUCGCUUAUUAUUGCCAUGUCCCCACCACUCAAGGCUCUUUUCGUGGAAACAUCUUUCAGCAUGCCCAAUGCGCCAGACGAGAUGCCACCGUUGUCGUUUCUCAUGGACCUCACUAGUUAUGUGGGUGCCGCGUCUGUGCCACUAGGCUUAUUGCUUUUGGGCGCAACCAUUGCCAGAUUGAAGGUGAACCAGAUCAUCCCCGGCUUCUGGAAGACUGCAUUGAUGGUGACUGCCAGCCGUUUGAUCAUCAUGCCUAUUUUCGGCGUGGGGUUCACCACGGGGCUAUACAAGGCUGGGUGGUUUGGUGAAGAUAAGUUGGUGCGGUUUGUUAGUGUUCUAGAGUUUGGCUUACCCAAUGCUACUGCCUUGGUCUACUUCACUGCAUUCUACACCGACCCCAACUCCCCAGACCACGUCCAAAUGGACUGCUUGGCCAUUUGCCUCAUGGCCCAAUAUGCAAUUCUUUUCAUCACUUUGCCCUUUUUGGUCACCUUCACAAUGAAGGAGUCCCUUAAUUUCUAA